AUGUCUCUCACACUCCAAGUCCCCAACGAGUACGGCUACGUCCUCCUCGUCGCCGCCUCGACCUUCUUCAUCAACACCACCCACGUCCUCCUGACGAGCAAGUACCGCAAGGCCAGCGGCCUCGUCUACCCGGCCCCCUACGCCUCCAAUGAGCAGGCCGCCAAAGACCCCAAGGCCUACCAGUUCAAUUGCGCCCAACGCGCCCACGCCAACUUCACCGAGAACCAGCCCUCGUUCCUAGGCGCCCUCCUCAUUUCAGGCCUUCGUUUCCCCGUCGCCAGCGCCGUUCUUGGCGCCGGCUGGGCCAUCUCGCGCAUGAUUUAUGCCUUUGGCUACACGAGCGGCGCCGGCCCCAAGGGCCGCACCCGUGGCUCCAUUGGAUCUUUCCUCUUUGAUACGAUUCUCAAGUUUACUGCCGUUUAUACUUCUAUAUCUAUGAUUAUGAAAUGGUAA